GCAAAUGUCUCCAGAUAACAGACACGCCACUGGAUUGUAGCAGCAGCCGCAGAUGGUUUGAAAGGGCGUUAAGGUGCGGGAAGGGAGUGGGACAAUUACAGGAUGAGUGAGCGAUAUACACAGAUCGGAAGUAAAGGGGCUCUACUUGUAAUGGUGCUUGUGAUCAGUGUCUGGGAGAUGACCGUACCAACGGAAGGAACUAGAGCAGUGCACCAUGUCCGAACAGGCACCUGCGAGGUGGUGGCGUUACAUCGCUGCUGCAACAAGAACAAAAUCGAGGAGCGGUCACAAACUGUGAAGUGCUCCUGCUUUCCCGGGCAAGUGGCUGGCACCACCAGAGCUGCCCCAUCUUGUGUAGAUGCCUCGAUAGUGGAGCAGAAAUGGUGGUGUCAGAUGCAUCCGUGCCUUGAUGGGGAGGAAUGCAAAGUUCUUCCUGAUCUGAAGGGCUGGAGCUGUGCUACAGGGAACAAGAUCAAAACUACUAAGAUAUCCGCGGACAGAGACCAGCUUUGGUAAUGUCAUAUGCUUCACAGCAGAGUCCAGGUAAGACAGUUUGGUGAACCAAAAGUUCUGGUCUUUGUCGGAUCAUCAGAGGAGAAGAGAGUAACAAUAAAAGGACCUUUCUGUAAAUAGAGACUUCCUUUCUUCUGGAUUGCAAUUAAUCUUUGGAAAACUCGGAAUGCUUCUUCUUGAACUCUAUGGACAUCAAAAAGAGGAUCAGUCAGACCUUCUUUUGAAGGACUCCAUGUGAUUAGCCUUACCGGACAACAGGAAUUAUUCUGACAUUGUACUGCUUGUAGUGGAAGACAAUGGUGAAAUUUGCCUAUGUGUUCAUUUCCAGAGUAUUUAUGUCCUUUACAGGGGAUUCUGCAUCACAAGUUGACCUGGGUGAACAGCAGGUCAGUUUGUUGUAAGCAUCGCAAAUAUUUAAUACAAAAUGUGACUUUGUUUUCUCAGUCAGUUGUGGCUUUAUUCUCUAACGAAGUGUAGUUUCAAAGGUUCAGAUAAAUGAGAAUCUGUGGCUGAGCAGCAGAUAUUCAGGGUGAUUUUCAAAGAAAUACACAAACACAUUCAUAACUGUAUCAUUCAAAUGUUGUGCCAUGACACAGAAAGGGAAAAUUAACCUAAUUAUAAUUAUAAUAUAAUUAAGUGUUAUAUUCAACCCAGAAAUUGUUGAGAAUGUAAGGACAGCUGACCUAAACCUGUGCUGUAAAAAGGUAAAAACUGAUCAAAUCUACCAGCUGUUAACUGACAGAAAAAGUUGGAUCCAGUUGUGGUUUAUUUUUCCUCUGAAUAUCACUCUGCCAUUUCCUAUAGCUUCUGCCAGAUUUUGUUUUUUCUAUCGCCGCUCUGGUGUUCAGAUUCUAGACAACAGCAGUGUAAAUUAAACACACAGCAUCUGGUCGCCAGCUGGAUCAUGACAACAAUGUUCCCUAAACUGUUUUUGACUAGCUAAGUAUGAUUUGCUGAUCUCCUUUCAGUAGGUAUCGCUG